AUGGCCGACGAGAAACGCCACCGGUCGUCCUCGGCCGGCUCCAAGCCCGACAUUGAGCAUCUGGAUCGUGUUGGCUCUCCUGCAGCCUCAUCACCCACCAACGCUGCGGGCGAUGGUCUUGCGGACCGCCGUCGUGCCUCUGCCAAGGCAGAGAAUCCACUUGCAGAAGUCUGCGAGAAAGACCUGAUACGCAUGUCUGAAGAUUACUGCGACCGCCAUGGGUUUGAUAACGAGGAAGACCGGAGGGUGUUCAAACUUGGGGCCCUGAUCGCUGGGAACGACUUCCAAUGGGAUGAUAUCUCGGGUCUCACAGCCGAAGAGAUAGCAGGCCUCGAACUCGAGCGUGAUCACAAAUACAAGAGUCUACCAAAGACACUCGUGGGGGUGGUUGUCGUUUGUGCCCUCUGUGCUGCCGUGCAGGGAAUGGACGAAACAGUCGUCAACGGUGCGCAGAGCUUCUACAAGACCCAGUUCGGCAUCGGUGAUUCGACUUCGCAGCGUGACACUUGGCUGUUGGGACUGCUCAACAGCGCCCCGUACCUGUGUUGCGCCUUCAUCGGUUGCUGGCUUACUGAGCCUAUGAAUGCGAAACUCGGCCGUCGCGGGACCGUCUUUGUUGCUUGCAUCAUCUCAGCUCUGGCCUGUCUGUGGCAGGGCUUUACAAAUACCUGGUACCAUAUGUUCAUCGCCCGUUUCUGCCUGGGUCUCGGAAUUGGACCCAAGUCUGCUACGACUCCCAUGUUUGCUGCCGAAUGCGCUCCGCCCAAGACACGAGGAGCUCUGGUGAUGCAGUGGCAGAUGUGGACAGCGUUCGGAAUUAUGAUGGGUUAUGUUGCCGACCUCGCUUUCUACUUUGUCCCUGACCGUGGCAUCGCCCUGGGUCUGAACUGGCGGCUCAUGAUGUCGAGCGCCAUGAUUCCUGCUGUCGUCGUCUGCUGUCUGAUCCCCUUCUACCCGGAAAGCCCACGCUGGUACUUGACCAAGGACAGACACGAUGAUGCCUACAAGGCCAUCUGCAGGCUCCGCCAUCACAAGAUCCAAGCCGCCCGCGACCUCUUCUACAUGCAUGUUGGCCUCGAAGCUGAGCGGGCAGCCAUGUCUAUCGGCAAGAGCAGCCGCAUCAAGGAGAUCCUAACCGUUCGACGUAAUAGGAACGCUAUGCUGGCCUCGGAGGUCGUGAUGUUCAUGCAGCAGCUUUGCGGAGUUAAUGUAAUUGCGUAUUACUCAUCAGAAAUCUUCUUGGAUGCAAACUUUACCGAGACGUCUGCCCUGGCAGCGUCUCUCGGUUUUGGCAUCGUCAACUUUCUGUUUGCUAUACCAGCUAUCUACACAAUCGACACUUUCGGGCGGCGUAACUUGCUCCUGACUACGUUCCCACUAAUGGCAGUGUUUCUGUUAUUCACUGGAUUCAGUUUCUGGAUCACCGACUCAACCGCGCGAAUCGCCUGUAUCGCCCUGGGAAUCUAUCUUUUUGGAGUCGUGUAUUCUCCUGGCGAGGGUCCUGUGCCCUUCACCUACAGCGCCGAGGCCUACCCGCUGUACAUUCGACCCAUCGGGAUGUCACUGGCAACCGCCACGACCUGGUUCUUCAACUUUGUCCUAUCUGUGACAUGGCCCUCGAUGCAGUCAGCGUUCAAGCCACAAGGCGCGUUUGGUUGGUAUGCCGGGUGGAACAUCAUCGGCUUCUUCCUCGUGCUCUUCUUUGUGCCCGAAACCAAGGAGAAGACGCUGGAGGAGCUGGACUCGGUAUUUAAUGUGCCGAUGAAAAGACACGCUCUGUACGGCCUGGAGCAGUUUGUCUACUUUAUUCAUAGGUACAUUCUCUGGCGGCACGUGGACAAGCCACAGGUGCCGCAUGAUGAGAGCGAACGAGAGGAUGAUCCCAUGAGGCGGGUGUAA